AUGAUUUUUCUCGAACCUGUUUGCCUUCAUUGUGACAGCAUCUUGCAACGCCAUCACCCUGUGCAUUCAAUUUCGAUCGGUUUACAGAUGUUUCCCAAGAUUCUUUUUGUGGCCUUCCUCUAUCUACUCUUUUACAAGGAACUAGGAGACAGUUUUCCCGAUCUUUCCUUUUUUUCUCACUCUCAGAGCCUAGGACUAAUCGACCCACUGUCCACUCACUCCCCCCCCACUACCACUACAGCCGCCGCCGCCGCCGCCGCUCCAUCUCUUUUACACUUUCUUCUUUGCUUUUCGCAUUUAUCAUCUUUAAGAGGCCAAGCUUGUUCUUUCUGCUGCCUUUCCUCUGUUUCUUUUUAUCGGAGACUUGGUCUAUUUAUCUCUCGGACUUUCUCGUUCCCCCUCCACAAUAUUUCGUUCGCACCUCCACCCCCGCAACCCGAUAAAAACAAUCUCCAACCAUUUUAUCUCUUUCGCGCCAUUUCUUCUGCCAUUUUCUAA